GAGCUUGCAAGCACGCCGGCGCCAAUUACCCAACAAGGUAGUCCCAGUCCGUUCGCCGAAAAGGAAAAGAAAAAGCAGAAUUCGGAUGUCAUGGCAGGCAUGUCCAGUCACGGCACAGUCGAGAGCGAAAGGCAUGCAGCCAGCAUGAAUCGCUCUAUUGUCGAGCUUGAGAGGAUGGUCAAGGGACAUGAGGAAAGCCUGCAUAGAAUUUUACAGCCGAGCGGUACUGCCGCGGCCGUGCUUCCAUCAGCCGUGGGAUCUUUUGAGAUAAUGAUCACGGCCUAUCAAGAUGUGGCUGCAUCGACACCCAUUUUACCCAGUAGGGAUUCGUUACUGCCUGCUUUGCUGGCGACGCGUCGGACCCACAGGACUGUGGCCGAAUCCCGUGCGUUCUUAGAAGCACAAGAGUCUGCUGUUGAAAAGGCUAGGAGAAAGCUUGAGACAGAGGAGUCUGGUCUUGAGGACCAGCGGAUUCUCCGGAAAUGCCUGGAGGAGCGCAUUCAGUCGUUGCGUGGCGGGCUUGAGUCAAGCACCAAACCUACAACGGAAGCGAUAUCGCAGGCUCGCAUCCAGGAGCUUAAAUUUAAGAAACGAACCUAUGACAGGGAAGCCUCGACAUUACUCAGAACCUUCAACAAAUUCAUCGAUGAACAUCUCGCCCCACUGCUAGCUGCCGAAGAGCUUGGAGGUCCCGUUGUGGGCGAGAUAAUGGACAUCGACUCGGAUGGCCUGGUGGCAGGCUUCAGCUCACAUGGCAAGCUCAAGAAGACAUCGGGCACGGCAGAUCCAGAGAAGCGGCAGCAGCGGAUUGAUGAAAUCUGGGGAAGUCCUUCAGCCCGUCCAGGGUCCAAAACGAGGCAGAACUGGGACGAGACGGCAGCGGCAGGUUCUGACAUGCGCGAACUGACGGAGCAGCUGCUGCAGAAACUCGUCGAAUCCGAGGGUGACCACUGGGCGUCUUAUGUCCAAAUACCAAAGGAGUCCGCAGCCGCCAGAUUCCUUAUCCGUUCCAGGGUCGCACAGUUUCACCCCAAAGAUGCGACCCGUUUGCGGCUCAUUGAUUUUGGAAAAGAUUUGGAUGACUGA